AUGAGCUCCGUUGGUGCGGCUGUAACGGCUAACCCUAGCCGGGAUGAAUCGUCGUCGUUGAGGAAUGAGGCUAACAACAUGGUACAGGAAUCAUACAGAAUAAUCAUGCCAACGUUACCAAAAGGUGAAAUUUCAAAGAACACUGUGUUUCUUCAUGGAGACCCGUCGGCCAGGCAGUACAAAGGGCAGGAUUUUGUGGCCCCUUUGAGAGAAGCUGUGAAGAUGAAGGAGAUAGCAAGUUUUGGCUCGUAUCUUUUCAACCACGUGUGGAUCGUCACCUUUCACUCGGAGGCGGAAAAAGAGAAACUAAGGCAGGUUGGGGAGUUGAAAGUGAAGGGAAGAAGGUGUAUGAUCAUCGACCCCAACUCAAGCGAGGUUACGCUAAAGCUACAUUGGAUACCAAUGAAUGUCUCGGACGAAGUAGUACGCCGGGCACUGUCCACGUACGGAAAAACCACUGAUAUGGUUAGAGAGAAAUGGCGGCUACCUGGACUGGAAGGAGUGGAAACAACUACACGUUCUGUCACCAUACAGCUUAAGGAUGGCGUUUCCACUGAAAGCAUUCCGUACCAGCUGAAAAUAAUGGGUGUGACAGUGCUGAUAUCGGUCCCAGGGAAGCCUCCAUUAUGUUUACGAUGUAAGCAGGUGGGACAUAUACGAAGCCAAUGCAGGACGGACUACUGCCGUAGCUGUAAGGGAUUUGGACAUGUACAAGAGGACUGCGUUCGGACUUAUGCUUCAAUGACAAGAGGCUGGCCGGAAAAACAUAACGAAGAAAUCGUAAUGGAUAUCCAGGACACAGAACAUGCCAUGCAGCAAGGAGAGGAAAAGGAACAACAAGCAGCUGAAGUUAACUCCGUCGCAGGGAAAGGAAAUAUAAGGGAAGGAGACCCGGGAGACAAUAGAACAACGCCGCCAGAAUGCAAAGAGACUGUGAAGGACUGGUCCCUUGUACAUGAGGCGUACGGAAAAAGGAAAGGGGAGGACACUGGAAAAAACAUAGAAUCAGCGGAAGCGAACCAGGAAGACAUUUUGGAGAACAUAAAAAAGAAAGCAUGUCAGGGACGUACCCUUGAAGUACAGUUGCCCUUGGAGGAAGUUGGGUCAUCACAGUUGGACGAUCCCGGUUUCUUUUAG